UGAUUUGUGCAGCAAUUUGAGUGGCUGCUUAUCUCUUCUCUCCUUCAGACGGACCAUAUGUUGCUGACUGACCAAGGGGCCUCUGCCUUUGCUAGGGCCAUGGGAAUUCCUGAGGUUCCUGGAGAAAAAUUAAUCACUGAAAGGUCAUUGGAGAGGUGGAAGAAAAACCUUGAGGCUGAUUGGAACCCUCAAGAAUGUCAAAAAGACCUUGGAACAGUUGGAGCCGUUGCUAUCGACAGUGCAGGAAAUGUAGCUUGCGCAACAUCAACAGGAGGACUUACUAACAAACGGUUUGGCCGUGUUGGUGAUACAGCAUGCAUAGGAAGUGGUGGUUAUGCAGAUAAUUGCAUUGGUGCCACCUCCACCACAGGCCAUGGAGAGAGCAUUAUGAAAGUGAUCCUGGCAAGACUUACUCUUUACCAUAUGGAACAAGGGAAGUCACCAGGGGAUGCUGCUGAUGCUGCCCUAAAUUGUAUGAAAACCAGAGUUGGAGGCCUGGGUGGCAUCAUUGUGAUUGGCAGUUCAGGGGACUGGGCUGUUAAGUUCUCCACCAACCAGAUGUCUUGGGCUGUUGUGAAGGAUGACCAGCUACAGUCUGGCAUUUAUACUGGGGAGAGGAAUACACAGUCUACCGAAGAUGCCCUUAGCUCCAUUGGACCUUAGAAACAAGGAAGGAAACUGGGGUUGGGCCAUAGGAGGAAGAUCAUGGAACUGAAUCCGUAUCUCUCUGAGAACGAGGCAAGCACUUUUUCCGAGCUCACAGUCUUGUGAGCAGAUAGUAUUCUGUCAGAGUUUUCAUUCUAGACUGUAUAUGUUUGGGUUCCCAUCUGUAUUUGAUUAAUAAAAUAACCGUGACUCCAUAUGCAUUUUAAUUUUAAUUCUACUGGAUAAAAGGUUGUCCAGAAACUUUUAUUGGAUGCAAUUACACCAGUUUCUUGAUAUCUGAUGCAUCUGCAUGGUAUCAAAAGAUAAUGUGCUGAAGAGAUGCUCAUCAUUCAGAACAUUAAAAUGAAUAUACCUAGUAGGGGGGACUAUAUAACUUGAAUACCUGUCUGUGAUUAUCUCAUGUUUAUAUAUAAAUUAAGAAAUUAAAUUAAAAUGUGAAACAUAACGGGAAAAGCAAACUUAUUCAAUACAGAUAAGAGAUGAGCAACUGGUUGAUCAAUUAUUGGGCUGUAAUCUUAUACCCACAGCUGGGAGUUUUACUGAACCCAAAGAGGGGGAUGGGUGUCAAGUUGACAUUGCCAUAUUAAUUACUCUCUUUAACUAAACUUGAAUAACUUCCUUUAAGGCUUUCUGUAUGAAGUUACCAUAGUAUUUUAUGCUAAAUCCUUUUUGAAAUAAUACUAAAAAAAUGAAUUGAAAUGUAUUUUCUCAGGAUAGUACUUUCAAGAAAGUUGUCUCAUUUUUAGGAAACACAUUUGUAUGUCCUUUUCCUUUCAUUCUUUUAUAAUUCAAUAUGUUAAGGCAUACUUAGAUAUUACUUUGGCUCUAUAACAACUUUUCCUGUUGAGAAAUAAGCAGUAAUAUGUUAAUGUACAACAUUGUCUUUCUGAAAACAAUCUCAAUAAAAUUUAUACAGUAAAUUCAUAGAGUAUAUGAAUUUUUGGCUCAAGUUAUAUUGUUGGCAAGUCAAGUUUGUUUUAAGUUCUAUAUCUAUUUAUCAUUAAGAAAAUAAUUGUAUGAUCCAUUAAUUCAUAAGAAGAGAGCCACCUAAUUUAUAGACUAAACUAACAGUUCACAAAGUGUGGUCUGGGGGUCCCCAAGA